GACUCGCUGAUUGGCUGCCCUAUAGAGCAUAUGAUCCUAAAACAGCCUCUGUUCAGUCUUCAUCCCCAAUAUAAACGCACGGAACAUCAUCACAGGAUCAAGUUUAAAAAUGUCGUUACGAGGCGUUCUGAAGAUUAUUCACCGAUCUAAAUUUGGGUCAUUGUACUCACUUUCCCCAGCAAGCAGAGUUUGUCUGGAAACAGCAGCUGCUCACACCAGACACAGCAGCAGCAGCAGCAGCAGGUCAGAGGGCAUCAGCCGGUAUCCAGUGCCAAACAAGAAGGACCUGCCGUUUGAUAUUGUGGAGCUGAUGGAGGAGGUCGAACAGAAGGGAGGGUUUUUGCCCAAUGUCUUCAAGGUUCUCGCCCAUCGUCCUGCUGAAUUUCGGGCUUUCUUCUCUUAUUAUAAUGCCCUCAUGAACAAGGAAAGUGGUGGUCUGACAAAAGCGGAUCGGGAACUGAUUGUUGUUGCGACCAGUGCUCACAAUCACUGCUUGUAUUGCGUGGUAUCCCACAGUGCAUUGCACCGCAUCUAUUCCAAAAAACCCAUGCUGGCUGAUCAGGUUGCAGUAAAUUACAGGGUUGCGGAGCUGAGCGCUCGUGAGAAAGCCAUGCUGGACUUUGCUCUGACAGUCUGCAGGAGUAAAACGGUAACUGAAGAACAUCUCAGCACCCUAGAGGCUCAUGGUUUUGACCGAGAGGAUAUUUGGGACAUUGCUGCCAUUGCUGCCUUCUUUGCCCUGUCCAACCGGAUGGCCCAUCUGACUGACAUGAGACCUAAUGAAGAGUUUUACAACUUGGGAAGAGUGCCGAGAGACAAAGCAAAAGCCUGUGAUGGGCAGGUCAAGGGCGAAUAGACUCGGAUCAGACUUGGGAUUAAAGUAAUUUUUUUAUAACACCAAAUCCUUCAAAACUGUCAAAUAAUCAUUAAGCUGAUUGUAAAAAAAAAAAAAAAAAACUAACUGGUUGCACAUUUAGCUUUUAUGCUUCAUUGAUUACGCUGUUUUUAUGUUAGUCUUUACAAUGAGAAAUUCCUCCUUGUGGCGUUUUCAUUCACUUAAAUUAGUUAGUCUUUGGUUAUUUAUUAAAAGGAGAAAGAAGGUCUGAAUACCAGUUGCACAAAUGCAUUCACAAAUCACUAUAACAUUAUAUUUGUGA